AAGUCGGGGGGGUCUGAGCCUCAUGAAGUGCAUCAUAUCUGAACAGGUAUCGUUUCAGAAUGAGGGGUGCUGUAGCUCUGCUUGUGUUGCUGUUCUGUCUGUCUGGGGCAUGGACUCAGGAGGAGAGUGGACGGGUCAGAGAGAGUGACAUCAUUCAACGGGGACACAGUGCAGGGAGAGAGAGCCGAGGGAGCGAAGCUACAGAGGUGACCGGCGAACGUGCGACAACGCAACCUGACAUCUGGGAUGAGAUGAAGCGCCUGAGAGACAUGGUGAUGGAGCAGAGAGAGAAGCUGAGGACGAUGGAGGGCAGAGUGACAGCCUGUGAGGGUGAGGUAGAGACACAGAAAAACACAGUGAUGGACCUAAGAAUCCAGCUGAUGGUCACUAAGGCCAAAGUGGCGGAACUGGAGAAAGAUGAUGCAGCCCUGGAGGCCAGACUGAGUGCCAGUGAGAGAGAACUGACCACCACUAGGAAUGAUGUUGAGGAACUGAAGAGACAGAACACAGACAGACCAAAAGUGGCUUUCUCUGCUGCUGGU